UCUAUAUAAAUAUAUCCACCUGGUUUCUACUACGCAAACAAGUUAUUAAAGAAGAGAGAUAAAAGAAGAAGAGAGCGAGAUAGAGAGAGAAUAGAGGCUACGUGAGAGAAGAGACGUUUUAUUAUUAAGUUAUUAAUAUAUAUUUAAUUAACUUACUAAUCAUGGGUUAUAUCGACGGAAAAUGGGCACCGCUGAUCAUGAUUACCGUGAUUAACAUGAUUAAUGGGAUGGUUCAGGCUUUGAUUAAGAAAGUUCUUGAUGGAGGCAUUAAUCAUAUGGUUAUUGCUACUUAUCGUUUGGGUAUUUCCACCCUUUUUCUUCUUCCGAUCGCUUAUUUUUGGGAACGGAAAACAAGGCCGAAGCUAACUGCAAGCAUCUCGUUUCAGCAUUUCGCCAGUGCCCUUUUUGGCGCGAGUUUGAUGCAAUAUUGCUAUUUGCUUGGCCUCAGCUACACUUCUGCCACUAUUGGAUCUGCUUUCUGGGGAACAAUGCCUGCCACAACUUUCAUUAUGGCUUUAAUAUUUCGAUUUGACAAGCUAAAUAUGAAAACAAAAGCAGGAUACGGCGUCGUUGUUGGAGCUCUAAUAAGCUUAGCAGGAGCUUUAACUCUUACGUUGUACCAAGGCGUUCCAUUAUCGAACUCUCAAGAACAAGCAAUGAUAUUAAACAUCCACAAAGGACAUGAGAAUUGGUUUAAAGGAUGUUUUCUUUUAUUCACAGGAGUUACGUUUUUCAGUUCCUGGAUGCUUAUACAAGCCAAGAUCAACUCGAGCUACCCGUGUCCAUACUCGAGUACAGUUAUUUUAUCGGUCUUUGGUACGAUUCAGUGUGCUCUUCUUAGCUUGAUCAAGUCUAGACAUUUGGAAGAAUGGAUCCUCAGAGACAAACUCACCAUCAUCACCAUCAUUAUAGCGGGUGCGGUUGGCCAAGGACUGUGUACGGUGGGAACGUCAUGGUGUAUUAAACAACGUGGACCCGUCUUUACAUCAGCAUUCAGUCCUGUCAUACUUAUGUCCGCAACCUUGUUCGAUUUCUUGAUACUUCAUCGUAUGAUUUACUUAGGAAGCAUUAUUGGAUCUGUGGUUGUUGUGGUCGGUUUAUACUUAUUUCUAUGGAGUAAGAGUAAACAGAUAGUUGAUUCUAAGAUCGUGAAGUUGCCUACAAGUACGGUGGAAGAAGAAAAGGAAGAGGAAGACCAUACAAAUGUUAACAAAUUAGGCCGUCUUUUGGUUAUCCCCAUGACUCCUUGAUCCACUUACCUAAACCCUCUUUUCAUCUAGAAAGACCGACAUGUCCUACGAAUCAACUAUGAAGAAGAGAAGAAAGUGAUCAUUUGACUGUUAUUGGAGAAUGUUCUCACUUGUGUUGCAAUGUUUAAACUUUUGAAUUUUACUUUUCAAUGGCUUAAUUUGGGUAUUGUAAUCUUUUUUUUUAAAUAAUAAAUUGUAUCGAAAAUGGACUUAUUUGUCUGAAUUCUUUGUUGUAAAUCCUU